UCCUUCUCCCUCUAUAAUUUCUCCUCUCUCUCUCUCUCUCUCUCUAAAAAUCGGAUCUUGCACUUUUUGUCUCAACCCUCGCAACGAAAGAAGGAGAAAGAGAUCUGUCCUUCCUUCCUUCUUCCUCUUCUUCGUCUUCCUUAUCUCUCUCUCUCUCUCUCUCUCUGGCUCGCUCGAAAAUGGGCACUGGUUGGAGGAGAGCGUUCUGCACGACCAUCCCUCGAGACCCAGAAUCCAAGGCUCUCGAGAGGCAGCAACAGCCGAAGAGCAUCAGCCCUAGCCCCAGCCCUAGCCCUCGUAAAUGCACCGCCGUCAAGCUAGGUUUCUUGUCCGGGGGAAGUAACCCCACCACGCCGCGAGUGCAGGCUCCCCAUGAACCUACGCCUCCGUCUUCGACCACCCCUAGCCUGCUUCGAUGCCGGACUGCUCCGGUAUCGGCUCCGGCUCCGGCUCCCGGCACCGCGAGUGUGAGCUUGAGCGAGACUCCGAGACUCGAGUGCAAGACCUCCACUCCCAAGUCAACCAAGAUGACGCCCAGAUCGUUGCCUAGCUCCAACGCUUCGUCUCCGCGGUCUCCGCUCAAGCUGUCUUUCUUCAAGAACAGCUUCAAGCUCAGAACCGCGUGCGGGGUGUGUUUCGGCAGUGUCAAGACUGGCCGCGGUGCGGCGAUAUACACAGCGGAGUGUGGCCAUGUCUUCCACUUCGCCUGCGUCGCCGACCACGUCCGCAAGCACGGGGCCUUGGUCUGCCCCAUUUGCAACGCCUCCUGGACUGACGUCCCCUUGCUCUCCAUCCACAAGGACCUCCACCGCCAAGAUUCUCAGCUACACUCAGACCCACCACAGCCGUCGCCACUGGCAGAAUCGGUCAAGCUCGAAGACAAGAGGAUGAUCGAAUCUUUUGCUUCACCCAGAGCAGCGAGACCUACCACGCCGAAAUUACCGGAACCGGUUUCGCGUAAGUUGGCCUACUCGAGAUGCUAUGACGACGAUGAGUCCCUGCUGUCCCCCAAGUCCGGGGCGAGAUUCGUUCCGAUCGACGAGCGAGAAGAAGGAGAAAGAGAAGAGCAAGAGGAGGAGGUUGAAGAGUUUCAGGGGUUCCUCGUCAACCCGACUCCGUCGUGCUCCAACGUUUCCCAAAUGACGAAUUGCAAAGACUCGACGCACGUCGACGUGAAGAUCUUGCCUCAGUACGCCGUCGUGUCCGUGUCCAAGAGCUGCGCCACCUACGUCAUCGCCUUGCGGGUCAAGGCUCCGCCCCCGGCGGCCGCCACGCGGAGCGGCCUCGACCCAGCGCGCCGCGCGCCGAUUGAUCUGGUCGCGGUGCUAGAUACCAGCGGCAGCAUGACCGGCGCCAAGCUGCAGAUGCUGAAGCGCGCCGUGCGCCUGGUCAUCGGCUCGCUUAGCUCGGCCGACCGGCUGUCCGUGGUAUCCUUCUCGGCGGCUCCCCGGCGGCUGCUGCCUCUGAGGAGGAUGACGGCUCAGGGCCAGCGCGCGGCUCGGCGCGUUGUCGACGGUCUCACGUGCGGCCAGGGGAAGAGCGUGGGGGACGCCUUGAGGAAGGCCGCGAAGGUGCUUGAGGACCGGCGAGAGAGAAACCCCGUAGCAAGCAUCAUCUUGUUAUCCGACGGUCAGGACGAAACCGUCCCUUACAGCAGCGAGAAUCAAAGGCAGGCGUCGAGCCACGUGCCCUCCACGCGUUUCUCUCACGUCGAGAUACCGGUCCACGCCUCCGGGUUCAGCAAGAGCGGCGGCGGCGGCUUCGGUCGCGAGCCGUCGGAGGAUGCUUUCGCAAAGUGCAUCGGCGGCUUGCUGAGCGUGGUUGUACAGGAUCUGACAAUCAAGCUCGGGUUCGCGUCCGGAUCGGACGCGGCUGAGGUCACGGCCGUCUAUUCGUGCAGCAACGGACGGCCGGCCUUGCUCGGCUCAGGGGGUUCGGUCCGGCUCGGCGACCUGUACGCCGAAGAAGAGAGAGAGCUGCUGGUGGAGCUGCGAGUGCCGACGUCGACCGUCGGGUCCCACCACGUGAUGACGGUGCGAUGCGGUUACAGAGACCCCGCGACGCACGAGGCCGCGAAUGGGUCGGAUCGGGCGCUCGUGGUUCCCAGGCUCCACGCCGUCAGAUCGUCGGACCCGAAGGCGGAACAGCUCAGGAGCCUCUUCGUCACGACAAGAGCCGUCGCCGAAUCGAGGAGAUUGACGGAGUACGGUGACCACACGAGCGCUUAUCACAUGCUGGCGUCGGCUCGGGCUCUGCUGAUGCAGUCUGGCUCGGGGCCAGCUCAGGAGUUCGCGAGAGAGCUGGAGGCGGAGCUGGCGGAGCUGUGCUGGAGCAGACAGCAAGCCUUGGAGAGGCAGCGAAUGAUCCAGCGGCGGAGAGGGAGCGAGAGGGAGGAGAUGACGAUGGUCGAUGCAAACAGGGAGCCGCUCACGUCGUCGUGGGCUUGGAGAGCUGCAGAGAAGUCGGCUGGCGCGGCGAUUGGGAAGAAGUCGCUAGGUCGAGUCAGCGACUUGCAUGGCUUCGAAAAUGCCAGAUUCUGAACUGUGAUUUUACUCGAUAGU